AUGCCUCCCCGGAAGCAAGCAGCCAGAAAAGAGGCCAAGAAGCCUGUGCCGGAAAUCAAUCCAGACUCAUCCUUCACCCCGGAGAGCUUUGAGGAUGAGCUCAAGAAGCUUGCCGACCAGGCCAAGAGUGAGACAACGUCGAAUUGGCUCAUCCGGCAGGCCGUCAUCUGGGGCAAGGCCACUUCAUUGUUGGCUGUGAUAGCCGUCUACGCCAAUGUCUCUGAGCUGGCUCUCUCCCCCAUCUAUGGGGGAAUCCCCUCAUCCAUAUACCACUCCAAGGUCGUCAUAGCCUCCGCAUUCGUCGGCUGGGCUGCCAACCUGGCCCUGAGGCGGAGCCUGCCCAUGAAGACUCAGUACUUCUUGCCACUUAUCGCGGCAUACAUCCCCAUGGCGCAAUUCUACCUUUUCAAACUCAGUGGAGUCUUCACGGCGAGCUGGGGACCCCUUAUCACGGAGGCAUUGACUCUUUUCCCAUUGAUGGCCUUCUCUAUCGCCUGUGUUGCAGACAUUCUUGAGGCAGCAGACCUGGAGGGGCUACCGAAGUGGGCUGGUGAUGCAGCACCCGGAUUCGUCUCCUACGGCAUUUACAAGUUUGUGGAGAUGUUCACGGCUGAGAACCUGCAGUACGGGAUUGGGAAGUCCUUCAUGCAGACGAGGUUCGGGUGGGAGCUCGUCCUCGCGGGCACCUACACCAUCAUGGCGCCGUCCAAGCUAGCGCUCUACAGUAUUCCUGCGGUCCUCCACGCUGCUUUCCUCAACACGCAUAUCAUGACGCCCUUGGCAACCAAGUCUAUCAACUCGGUGCUGAAGGAAGAUGGCUGGUCAGUGCUUGAUCGCUGGGAGUCGGUGACGGGUUAUAUCUCCGUCUUGGAGAGCGCGAACGACGGCUUCAGGGUCAUGAGAUGCGACCACAGUCUGCUGGGCGGCGAGUGGACCAAGCUCCCCAAGAUUAUCGUUGGAGAGCCAGUCUAUGCUGUCUUUGCCAUGCUCGAAGCCGUUAGGCUUGUUGAAGUUCCGAAUAGGGUCGCAGAUAAAGAUGCUAGGGCCCUCAACAUCGGCUUGGGUAUUGGUACCACGCCUUCAGCAUUGAUUGCCCACGGGAUUGACACAACCAUUGUUGAGAUUGACCCGAUAGUGUACGAUUUUGCUGUCAAGUAUUUCGGGCUUCCUUCCAAUCACACCGCGGCUAUCGAGGAUGCUGUCAGCUACACUGCGCGUAUUGCCAAGGACCAAGCCCAGAGCUUCGACUACAUUAUCCACGACGUCUUUACUGGCGGGGCUGAGCCUAUCCCUCUUUUCACUCUUGAAUUUCUCCAGUCCCUCAACACCCUCCUCAAGCCCAACGGCGUUAUUGCAAUUAACUACGCCGGUGACUUUUCCCUGCCUCCCCUGAGCACCGUGAUGCACACCAUCAGGGAAGUCUUCCCAUCGUGUAGAAUCUUCCGGGAGUCGCCAACACCGUCGGAACAGAAGGUGGACGAACAAGGCCGCGAUUUCGACAAUGUUGUAGUAUUCUGUCGCAAGGUCGACGACAAGAUUGUGUUCAGACCCAUCGUCGAGGGCGAUCUGCUGCAGAGCCGGGCUAGGGCGCACUACCUCAUGCCUAAGAACGAGGUUCCCGAGUCAGCAUUCUUGACAGGUGAUGAUGUGGGUAUCGUGAGGCAGAACGACACCCAGACACUGGCCAAGUACCAUGAUCAGACUGCGCUUGGACACUGGGCCGUCAUGCGAGAGGUGCUCCCGAAGAAGGUCUGGGAAAAUUGGUGA